AUGAAGAAGAGUCGGAACCUGCUCCUCACCGCUGGGACCAGUUUAGUAGUUCUUAGAAAUAUCCGCAACACCUUGGAGAACCUCACAGGCCUGGUCGGGAGUAUGAUUUGCAAUCUGAAGGCCAAGAAAGCAGCCAUCGUCGCUCCGUUCAGUAACUACGUCAAGUUGUUGAAGUGGCUGGGGAACAUGCUCAAGGGGGUUACAGAUUUGGGGGUGGUGAACCUUGACUCCAAACUCAAGGUUUCACCCAGACUGGAAUCAGAAAAACUGAAGGGGAAACUCAUUGAAGCAGAGCAGCAGCUGAACGAGACUGUGAAGUAUGUGCAGUACCUUAUGAAUACAGUCUCCUCUGUGACCGAUAAGAUGUUUCCUGCCAUCAGCUUCCUUGUGCUCAUGAUGUUUAUAGCGCUGCACAUAAAAAAAUACUGCAAUGACAUGAAAUACCAAAACAGGUUUGUGAGCAGCAGAUUUGUUCACUUUGACGAGAAGCAGAAGGCGGAAGGAAAGCCCCACGUCCUCCCACUCACACCAGAGGAAGAAAAGCUGUAUACCGCUGUCCCCUCCGCCCGUCCCACCACCAGAGAGGGGAGAGCUAUGCUGAAAUUUGGUGUUCCAGUUGUCUCCCAUUUUGUAUCUUGGGUCAUAUUUAUAACUGUGGAUGCCUUAUUGUACUGCUUUGUUGAUAUUGUAACAACAAAGCUAUCAGAGCUGGAACCAUUCCACGUCCCGCUGUUAAUGAGCAUCAAAGGGAUUGUAACUUUGAUAGGUAUACCAUUUGGUGAGGAAACCCAUCAAAAAGACUUUUCCUACUCUGUGACCCUAUUUGAGAAGCAAUGUCUUCCUAAACCCAAGCUGCUGCUCUAUAACUCUGUCGUCCCUUUGGCUGCCAUCCUGCUCACACUGCUCAUUAUGGCUCUGAUGGCUGCCAAAGUGGCCCAGCUCAGGCUGAUUAUCUGUGAGCAGUUCUUCUCCACCGCUGCAGAGCAGAGAGUGCAAUACCUGCACGCCAAAAUUCUGAGGAAGAGAUUAAAAAAGAGGAAGGAGAAAAACAACUGCAGCUCCACAUCACUCUAUUUUAAGGCACAUUUCUGGUGUCCGCUGCUCUUCAGGCCCAAAGAGGAUCCGCAAAGUAUUGUGUGA